AUGGAUAUGGUCGAAUUUGUGUAUACAUCCACUUCCGAGCCAGGUUCCUCGAAUGGUGAUGGAACGACGUCGUCGGCUGAAGUUAGCACAUUGCCCACCACCCCGCAAAUCACCGAAUCGGCUCGAAACCCUUCCUUUCAGAGCUUUAAUGAUGUUGUAGACUUAGUUUUUAAUCCUUUACGGUCUGUGAUCAGCCAAAAUCGGAGACGUUAUACCGAGGAUGGCUUCAAUCUUGAUUUAACAUAUAUUACCGAUCGAAUAAUCGCUAUGGGUUAUCCAGCAAAAAGCAUCGAGCGUCUCUACCGAAAUAGCAUGUGUCAUACGGUGAAAUUCUUGGAACGCAAUCAUGCUGGACAUUAUAAAGUAUUCAAUUUACGGGGGAACUAUUUUUACAAAGUGGAGAAGUUUCAAGGUCGAGUAAGUCUGUACCAUAUGAAGGAUCAUCAUCCACCACGUCUUGAUCUCAUGGAUCCUUUCUGCAAAGAGGUGAAUGAGUAUUUGAAAGCCGAUCCUCGAAAUGUGGUAGCUGUCCAUUGCAAGGCUGGCAAGGGUCGAACGGGAGUGAUGAUUUGCGCGUACCUCGUUUCCAUAGACUUCUACAAGCUGCCGCGUCAAGUUAUGGACUACUACUCGAUUGUUAGAACUGUAAACAAUAAGGUUGGGAGUGACAAUACCUUCACAACGGCGUUAUGUUUAUUAUUACUCGCAAAUGCACAAGCACAAUUUAACUUACACACCAUUACGGAUAGAACUUGUAGGAGUAUAUGUAGAGCGGCCACCGCAGCC